GAAGAGCCCCCGGGGCGGCGGGGUGGGCAGCGCCCGGAGCUGGGCUGGGGGUCACGGCGGAGAUGAGGCAGUCGCCGGCGGGGAGACGAGGCGCUGCGCGAGGAAGAGGACCCGGGAGAGCGAGCCCGCGGUCCGCACCUGCGUGUCCGGGAGGGGAACUUCUGAACACGUGCCCUUCUCGAUGAACCCACAGUGACCUCUUUGUUUUGCCUUCUCCCAGCUCAUGCAUUCUUCGAGUCUUGGUAACCAGAAUGUUUUGUCUGUUUGGGCUCCAAACGUUCAGUGGGACAGGAACCAAAGUCAAGUACCUCAUGACACGUCCAGACGAACCUGAGAAAAUUGUGAGCUGUUGACUGCACUGCCUCUCUGAAUCAGCUGGUACUUCUUUUUGUCUCUAGUUUUAAAAGCUCCCCAGAGGGGACUUCCCUGGUGGCACAGUGGUUAAGAAUCUGCCUGCCAAUGCAAGGGACACGGGUUCGAUCCCUGGUCUGGGAAGAUCCCACAUGCAGUGGAGCAACUAAGCCCGUGCGCCACAACUACUGAGCCUGUGCUCUGGAGCCCAUGAACCACAACUACUGAAGCCUGCGCGCCUAGAGCCCGUGCUCCACAACAAGAGAAGCUACCGCAGUGAGAAGCCCGCCCACCGCAACGAAGAGUAGCCCCCGCUCGCGCAACUAGAGAAACCCCAGGUGCAGCAACGAAGACCCAAACACAGCCAAAAAUAAAUAAAUUAAUAAAUUUAAAAAAAAAAAAAAAACUCCCCAGAGGCGACCUGAAAUCCAGAAUCUUCUCAAAAUAGGAUGGAGGAAAUUAUUCUGAAGUUCUCAUUAAACACAUUUAUCUCUCAGGCUUUGGAAGGAGCCAAAAUGCCAAAGGCAAGAAUUCCAGAGCACUGCCUACACUGUUUUGAUAUCCUGAUAAAUGUCUAACAAAUCCAGCAUGUGUCCUGUAGGCCUGACCAGUUGCUGGGCAAAGUUCCAGAACAGUGAGACAUCUUGGGAUUCAUCUGGUUUAGGAAAGACCUUUAACUACCAGGUGGUAGUGACCUCAGUGUUCUUUAAAUAGUCAAGUUUUGAGGUCUUUUCACUGGGGUCUGUUCUGAUGGCUGCCUCCCACCGGCGUGAAACAGAAGGAUGACCUCAAUCUGUGAGCAGGACAGCUGUGAAGGAAGGAGCCGCGUGUGUGAAAGUCUGUGGGAAGAGAGAGCCACCUACAAUGUCCCCACCAAACCAGUCAGUGAAAGGCCUUCUGCAGGGAGCUCCCAACAGAUCCCUGAAUGCCACAGAAACUCCAGGGCCUUGGGAUGCAGGGACCCUCCAAGCCCUCAAGAUUUCUCUUGCUGUGGUCCUUUCCAUCAUCACACUGGCCACAGUCCUUUCCAACGCCUUUGUGCUUACCACCAUCUUCCUGACCAGGAAGCUCCACACCCCAAUCAACUAUCUCAUUGGCUCCCUGGCCGUGACUGACCGCUUAGUUUCCAUCUUGGUCAUGCCCAUCAGCAUCGCAUAUACCACCACCCACACCUGGAGCUUUGGCCAACUCCUGUGUGACAUCUGGCUGUCUUCUGACGUCACGUGCUGCACAGCCUCCAUCCUGCAUCUCUGUGUCAUUGCUCUGGACAGGUACUGGGCCAUCACUGAUGCCCUGGAGUACAGUGAAUGCUGGACGGCAGGCCAUGCGGCCGCCAUGAUUGCCAUCAUCUGGGCCACCUCCAUCUGCAUCUCCGUCCCACCACUCUUUGGGCGGCAGGCCAGAGCUCAUGAGGAGAUGUCGGACUGCCUGGUGAACACUUCUCAGAUCUCCUACACCAUCUAUUCCACCUGUGGGGCCUUCUACAUCCCCUCUGUGUUGCUUAUCAUCCUCUAUGGCCGGAUCUACACAGCCGCCCGGAACCGCAUCCUGAAUCCGCCAUCCCUCUACGGGAAGCGCUUUACCACAGCCCGUCUCAUCACAGGCCCUGCGGGGUCCUCGCUCUGCUUGCUCAAUCCCAGCCUUCACGAGGGGCGCUCUCAUUCCGCCGGUUCCCCUCUCUUUUGUAACCACGUGAAGAUCAAGCUUGCGGAUAGUGUCCUGGAGGGCAAGAGGAUUUCUGCUGCCCGAGAGAGGAAAGUCGCUAAAACCCUGGGGAUCAUUCUGGGGGCCUUUACCAUCUGCUGGCUGCCCUUCUUUGUUGCAUCUCUGGUCCUCCCCAUCUGCCGGGACUCCUGCUGGAUCCACCCAGCCCCUUUUGACUUUUUCACCUGGCUAGACUAUCUAAACUCCCUCAUCAAUCCAAUAAUCUAUACUGUGUUUAACGAAGAGUUUCGGCAAGCGUUUCAGAAAGUCGUCCAUUUCAGGAAAGCCUCUUAGUCUUGUCUGGUGGUGACUCUUGUUAUCUUCUAUGUCCUGUAACCCAACUGGAAUUGUCUUUUUUAUUUUUCCUGAGAGUUGGGUUAGUCCUGAUAUCUUGGGUUUUGGUUCAAUCAAUAGAAUUGUUCAGCGUUCUUUUUUGCUGUUGUUUUCUUGACCUCUGAGCCACCAAAAGCUGAGCAGCUGUGUAAAAUGGGACAAGACUUCACUUAGUAUAAUAUUUUCACAGUUCAUCCAUGUUGGAAAGAAUGUGACUACAGGUUUCCCCAUUGAUGCAAUUCAGGCAGAAAGCUGCCUGACUCUGUAGGAAGACCCCAGGCUCAAAAGGGGAGGCUUUCUGGUCUACAUAAGUUUUGUAUGGAGCGUAAAAGAGGGUAGAUGAGAUUAAUGACCUGAGUUGAAAGAGAAUUUGGAGUCAGGUGGAUGGGUUUCCAUUCCAUGUGGCACCUUAAUUGGAAAUUAACACCCAAGUAUCAAUAUUUCUUCCACUGACUCCUUCUUAGGUUGAAUCUUCCUUAGUUGUUCAUGGGGAGAGAUUCAGCAUUGGAGGUGCCACUGAUACAGAGUGACAGAGAGAGAUUCAGAAGCCAGGGGCAGGGGAGUGGGAUGGUUGGAACCAGAUAGCUACCCUGUGCCUAUCCUCCUUCCCCAGUUUCUCUGCACCAUCUUAAUGUUCUGAAGUUAAAACCCACAGUUACCCCCAUUGAAGUAGAUUAACAGGAUUUGCACCUACCAAGCUUGGAAUACCAUUCUGAAUU